AUGAUUAUCAAAUCAACUGUUUAUCUAACUCUAAUAUAUUUAAUAUUUUUAAAAGUUUCGUAUGGAUAUUUAGGAUGUCCAGAUAAUUUAGUACCUUGUCGAAAUAAAACACAUUGUAUAGAAAUUAAAGAAGUUUGUGUUGUUUAUGACGAUUGUGUUGAUGAUUCUGGUGAUGAAAUAUGCCUUCAUUUGUCACAAAAUAUAACUGAUUCAAUAUUAUGUGUAACUCAUAUAGAACCUCAGGUUUCGUACGAACGUAUAUCUCCUCUUGAAAUAUGCGAUGGUCAUCAAGCUUGUUUCCUUAAUGAAGAUGAAGGCCCAUGCAAUAAAACACUAUGUAGAUAUGAUUAUUGGUUGUGUAAAAAAGGUUCCUGUAUUGAAAACGUUCGUGUUUGUGAUGGACAUAAAGAUUGUCCAGAUGGUAGUGAUGAAGAGGAAGGGAUUGGUUGUCAUUAUUCUGUAUGUGGACCAAAUAAAAUACUUUGUCCAACUGGUCAGUGUAUUGAUGAAGUCAAGAUGUGUGAUGGAAUUCAACAUUGUUUAGAUGGAUUUGAUGAGAAAAAUUGUACACAUACAACGUCAACAAUUGCACCUAUAUUAGAAGUAGAUGAUUCAUGUCCAGAAUUUACUUGUUCAACAUCAUCAACAUUUAAUCAUCCAAUAUGUCUAUCAAAUGAUCGUAUUUGCGAUGGAUAUAAAGAUUGUCCUAAAGGUGAUGAUGAGCAUAAUUGUCAUGAAAAAUGUACUUCAAAAUCGAACUGUCCUAUAAAUUCUGAUAUUACUUGUAUCCAACAUCCAGCAGUUGGACAACUUUGUCGAUGUGUUAAACGUGGUUAUCAACUAACAGUUCCUUUAGGACCGUCACGAUCAGAGGGUCUUCUCAAGCCAAUAAAAAAGAAAAAGAAACCAAAAAAAAAGAAAGGUUAUCAACUAACAACUAGAACACCACAAAACAACACACUAAGAUGUCGAGAUUAUGAUGAAUGUAAUGAUUCUCGUCGUUCAUAUUGUUCAUUUAAAUGUAUCAAUAUAGAUGGUAGUUUUAAGUGUACAUGUCCAUCAAAUUUUAUGCUUGGUUCACGAUCAAAAACAUGUCUGAGAAGAUAUGAUUCAUCAAAACCAAAUCUAUUAAUUGUAUUUGAUAAGACUAUUAAUUUCUAUAAUAUGUUGACUCCUGCUGAUCAGUAUGCAUCACAAUUAUUAAAUACAAUAAACAUUGAAGAAAAUCAUCGUUUUGAUUAUAUACAAUAUGAUCAGAAACAAAUGUUCGUUAUCUAUUAUGAUCAAAUACAACAUGCUAUUUUAUGUAAAUCAAAUCAUGAUUUAGAAACUAUAGUAUUACUUACGAAUCUUACAGUUAAUACUUUUGCAUAUAACGCAAAUGAGAAUAUUCUCUUUAUUAUUGAGAAUCAAUCUGAAACAUUACGUAUGUAUACACCAAUUGUUUGUGAUGUAUCAAUCAAUAUUCAAAUGCAUUCUUGGUCAUUUAAUAAUAUUGCUAAUUCAAUUCAUUCAAUGGCAAUUGAUGUUCUUAACAGAGAACUUAUAUUUGCUUCAAACUAUCAAAUUAUGAUAUCAAAUAUGUCCGAACCAAAUGUAACAAAAAUAGUACAUAUGAGUGAUCGAAAAAUCAAAAAAAUGAUUUACGAUGCUGCAUUCCGACGAUUCUUUUGGACUGCAGCUAACAACAACAGUAAUGAACUAUUUCCUGUUUUUACUUGUAAUGGUCAAUUUAAACAGUGUCAUGAUACAUCAAUACGCUUACCAUCUGCAUCAUUAUUUGCUUUUUUUAAUGAUGGUUUGCUUUAUAUUUCACCGACAAGAAAAUCUUUAGAUUUUAUUCAAGUUUAUGGAGAAUAUCGUUUUUUUGGACAUUCGAUAGCAUCAACACAUGAUCAAAUUCGUUCAUUUGUUUUUAUUGAUUAUCAACAAAUUGAGGGCUCUGAUCUCUGUAGAAAAUAUUCAAAAAACCGUUGUAAAAAUCAACUUUGUUUACAAAUAAAUUCAACCAGAAUAAAUUGUUUAUCAACCUAUGGAAGCUUUAUAUCAACCAAAGCAACAACAAAUAUGUUAGCGUCAAUAGAUGUUGAAGAUUGA